AUGGCCAGCUGGGGCCCGGCACCCCGGGCCGAGCGCUGGAGGGAGGUGCUCGGAGACAUCGAGUUCUCCUUAGAGCAGCUGAAGCUCACCACUAGGGUUUCUAUUUCAGAUGAAAUUCAAGUGGGCUUCUUCAACACAGACCACUCCACCCAAACUGACAUCAGUGAAGUGAAGGAAUUGAAGGAGAUGACUCGGACCACUCAAACCAUGCUGAAAAUCACCAAGUCCCUGCAGCAUGAUUUUAUAUUCCUCAAAAGUUUCCUUCAGACAGAGUUUGAAAAAAAACUUCAAGAGGAAUCUUGGAAACUCUUCACCCAGCUAAACGAUAGACUGAAAGCGAUCGAAUCCCAUCAUCGACAGAAGGAGUCUCAAAUGAGAAAAAGCUUCUGUCAGCAACUAAGCGAUGCCAUUGCUAUCAUCAAAGCAAGUUACAAGAAGUACUUUGAGGUUGAUGAGGAAGCGGCGGGCACAGAUGUGCUCGCCGUCAAGAUAAACGUUUUGACGAAGAAGCUUGAAGAGAAAGACGCUUUAAUUAAAUCAUUAAAAGAAGAAAUACUAAUUUAUCAGGAAAAUGAAUGCCCAAAAGUGGAUCUCAGCCCAGUGAGCUCCACUGACCAAGUAGCCCUGGAAAAGGAAAUUGCAGAAAUCCGAAAGGAAAAUGCGAAACUGACCAAUAUUAUUUCAGACCUUGAAGAAACCAUAGCACUCAAUGGAAAAGAAAACGAACUCUUAGAAUUUGAAAUUAUAAGUAUGAAAGAGCUAAGGGAAAAUGAUCAGAAAACUAUUGAAAAGUUAACUGCAGGAAGAGAAAAAUUGAAACUCGAACUUGACCAGGAGAGGGUUUUAGUUGAACAAAUGAUUCAAAAGCACAUGGAGGAUAUGGAAGGGAUGAGAACGUUAACUGAAGCUCAAAAGAAGAGUGAAGAAAAACAGGAAAGAGAAGGAAAAUUAGCACAUGAAAAACGUGACACGAAGCUGUAUCGCAGGUUUCCAGAGAGAAGUUUUAUGAAGAGUCACGAGGAACAAAGAGCACUGCAAGAUGAACUGGAAAAGCUCAACAGGAAGUUAGAGAAAGAGAAAAAGUCCAUUGAAAGGCUUAGAAAUCAAGCUGACCUGUCAAGCAAAAUAUGGCAAAAGAAAUUCUAUAUUCUCCAGAACAGUCUGCAUGCCCUCAAGGAUGAGAUGUUUCUUAGGCACACUUUGCAACGUCAGUUGGCAGUGAUUCCAGAGACAUCCUUCAAUUACUCCAAAGAUCUUCCUUUAUACAUAACACCCUCAUCAACUCAGGUGGAUAUUGCUACAGAGAACCCAUCAUGUCCUUCCGUUUUGCCUGACACAGAUGCCCAAGGUCCUCCCGUGGAAGGGGAAGAGAUUGAUGGGAUCCCAUCUGAAGCAGAGAACGUGCCGGCCUGCAAUGAUGGGAGCCUGCCGGGGCCGGGCCCGGAAGAAAUGGAUGGCAGUGAGGGCUCAGGACUCGCCCCUCCCGCCCCGAGCCCCGACCCGUGCCCCGGGUCGGGACCAGAGGGAGCGAUGGACACAUCCAAAGGGCGGGCCGAGGGGGCAGGGAGGGAGGAGGAGGAGGAGGAGCCGUCGUCUGGACCACCGACCCCGCCCUGACCGGCUUCGCGGUGGGACCCAACGUGUGCCCUGCCCCGGGGCGGGGGGGCAAUAAA